UUUCAAAAUAAAGUUCAGAUUACAGAGAGGAAGAACAAAAAAUAAAUAAAUAAAUAAAUAAAUAAAUAUGGAGCUAAUGGUUAAUAUUAUAAUUGAUUAAAAUUAUUCCCUCUUUAGUUUCCCUGUGUCGCCUCUUCCAGACAAACAUUAAUAUUCAAACAUGCAGUCACAUAUUUAAGAGUGACAAGAUGAUGUUAAUGACUCUAAUUUGAAUAAUAAUCCAACAGAGCUGCAGUCAGUCUGAUAACAGCUGAUGUAAAUGAUCACAGACACAUGAUCACUGUUUAAACAAAGACCGCUGUCAGUUCUUCUUCUGUUUUAAUGUGAGUUGCAGUUUUAAAACACACUCCACACAAAAAUGCAGUCAGACCUGUCUGACAGUCACAUGACCUGCUCUGAUUGGAUGCUGCUCUCACAUUGGCUGACACCGUGAAUGAACCUGAACACACCUGACAGACAGACAGGUGAGGGAGACAGCGCAGAUCAGUCUGACGGUUGAGUUUUGUCAAAACUAAAGAAAGAAACACAGUUAAAGACAGAAGAAGAAGAAGAAGAACCUCCAGUGAUGGGUCAAGCUCGCAGCUCCACCUCUCCUCAGGUGAUCUUGAUGGGUCUGGACUCAGCUGGGAAGUCGACUCUGCUGGCCCGACUGCUGACAGGACAGGUUAUGGACACGUCGCCGACCAUCGGAUUCAACGUUGGAACUUUGGACUUGGACAAGAAGACGUCUCUGACUGUGUGGGAUGUUGGUGGACAGAAGAACAUGAGACCCAACUGGAGGUACUACAUCGACGAAUGUAAGGCUCUGGUUUUCGUAGUGGACAGCAGUGAUCCAGCCCGGUUGCCUGAGGCCCAGAAGGCACUGAAGAAGGUCCUGGCUGAUGAGAAAUUACGAGGAAUUCCUCUGAUGGUUUUGGCCAAUAAGAAGGACCUGCCAAACUCCAUGACCAUACGUGAGAUCUCCAAACAGCUAGAUCUGCCCAGUUACACCAACCGGCUUUGGGAGAUUCAGGCCUGCAGCGCUCUGAAGGGACUUGGCCUCCAACAGGCCUUCAUGUCUGUCAACAAACUCAUCAAGAAGAGCUGAGAAGAGGAAGGAAGGAAGGGUAAAAAAGACUGAUCCUCCAAGUUAAAGAAGCUCUGAGUGUUUAAUUCAACAAAAAUGGUGACGUGACAUCUGACUGAUCCUGACUUCUUUGUGACACAGUCGUGAGAAAAUGUUUGAAACUGAUUAAAGUUUUCAGAUGAUCAAA